GGGUGGCAGACCUCCCCUGAGGGUGAAUCUGUCUACAUCCUACUUUUCUCUACAAAUUAUUAGCCCAGAGUUCAGAGGUGAAUGAACAUGACCGACCAGAGAGCUGUCAGCUCUGUGAGUCUGCACUUUAUGAUUAACAAAUAUCCAGGAGCCAGCUAAUGAAGUGCCAACUCAGGUCUGUUCCCCAGUUGUGAGGCAGUCCUAGACUAUCUCUACUGAAUGCCACUAGAAGCUGAUGCCAUUCCAGACACUCUUGGUUGUGUAGUAGCAGGACUCAGGGAAAGAGAGCGGGCAAGCGAAUGCCGAGAUUUGAGGCCCAGAAGUCUCCCAUGGCUCCUUAUCACAUCCGACACUACCAGGACAGCGACUAUGAAAGUGUCGUGGAUGUGUUCAUCAAGGGCGCAGAAGAGUACAUCCCUGUCACCUUUCGCCAUGUCCUGCUGCUGCCCCGAACCCUCCUUCUCUUAUUUGGGGUGCCCCUUACCCUGGUCCUGGUGUAUGGCUCCUGGCUGCUGGCUGUUGUGUGCUUCUUCUUUCUGCUCCUACUCCUGCGGCUCCUUGCUGGACAGCCCUGGAAGCAGUAUGUGGCCAAGUGUUUGCAGACAGACAUGGUUGACAUCACCAAGUCUUACCUGAAUGCUCAUGGCUCCUUCUGGGUAGCUGAGUCUGGGGGACAGGUGGUGGGUACAGUGGCUGCUCUGCCAGUCAAGGAUCCUCCAUUAGGGAGGAAGCAGCUGCAGCUCUUUCGCCUGUCUGUGUCCUCACAGCAUCGAGGACAGGGGAUAGCAAAGGCACUGGUCAGAACUGUCCUCCAGUUUGCACGGGACCAGGGCUACAGUGAUGUUGUCCUUGAGACUAGCAUCUUGCAGCAAGGUGCUAUGACUCUCUACCUGGGCAUGGGCUUCCAGAAGACAGGCCAAUACUUCAUUAGUAUGUUAUGGAGGUUAAUGGAUAUUUGCUUUAAUCAACUAAAUUACUCCUUCCCUUCUGCCUAGGAAGAGGUGGGGGUGUGUGGGGGGGAGGCUGUGACCUUAUGCUCCUGUGCAGCACACACACUCCUCUACAUUCUGCUGCAGGAAUCAGUAAAACCCCAUCCUGUCAGUGUGAUUAACAAUAAAAGCUUCUUGCUGGAGCUCACCAGAUUCUAA